AUCAUCCCGUGCAUCCCUAGGUUAUGUUAUUUACCUUUGCUUGCAUAUAACUGCAUAUAACCUGAAAUGACCUAAAUUUACCUGACAUGCGUUAAAUUCUAGACAUCCAGAUAUUGAUUAUUGGUAACUGCAGUUUUGUACGUGUCAUUCUGACCAGUGAAUUGCAGAUUUUCAGUACUGUUUAUCUCGUGGUAAAUUUGUAACUUAGAUGUUCAAGUUAAUUUGAAAUUUUAGUGACAAUGGAAUACUUCGAAAAGGCGCACGUUGCAAAAAAAGAAUUUUCGAAAAAAGAGAACAAAACUGAGGUUGCGGUUAAAAAGCAAUUGAAACAAAUGCUACAUGGAUAUAAACAGAGCGACAUAAAACUAAUUCGAGAAAGCGAACAUAUUGACGCACAGAAAUACAAUGAAGAUUCUAGUUCAGUAAGCGGGUUUUCAGAUUUGAAUCUCACUAGUUCUAGCAAUGAGGAUGAUAUACACAUCCGCACUAUUAGUUCAAUUUCUGAAGAAAGCAAUGUGACAUUCCCAAACAAAAAUGAAGACAUGAAAGUCAAUUUAGAUGACAGUAAUUCAGUAUCUCUAAAUACCGCAGAGUCAAUCUCAGAAUGUAAAGAGGAUAUAGAGUCCAUCUCUGGAGAAGAUUUGUCUCUAAAUGUUAAUGAUGAAAGCUUACCAUCAGACUUAUCUGAUAAUAUAUCUUUAAUAAGUAGUAUGAUGGAAUCAGUUACCGAAUUGGAUUCUGAUGAGUCUGAAUUUGAUGCUAAUGGAAUUUUAGCAUCAAAGAUUCUUAAGAAAUUAGAGCAGAAUGAAAAAUUUAGCAAAAAGAAAAAACAGCCAUUAAAAGGAAUGGAAAUAAAUAUAGAAUGUGUCAAAGAUGAUAAAGUUAAGAAAUUAACAAAACAUAAAGUUGAUGUGCAUGUCAAUAACAAAUUAUCUGUUAAUGAAGAACUGUACAAUUCCUUUUCUGAUGAUAAUUCUUCUCCAUUUGUGUCUGUGACAGCCACUCAAAUGGAAGUGGAUCAGAGCUUUAGUGAAAUAUUAGGUAAUUACAAGCACUCCACUGUAAGCAAUAUGCCAUCUGAUAAUCAAAUUGUUACACAUUCUAUAAACAGCUGUAACAUAUUUUCUGUUGACAAUAUGACUUUAGAGAAUGUAAGUGUCCAGAAAGGAGUGAAUGAACUCACAGAUGAGUAUGAUACUACUGGAGAUAAUGUUAAGGAUAUUACAGAUUCUAACACUCUACCUGAAGAAGAGAGCACCAAUUAUGAUGACACACUUCAAUCAGAACAAACAUUUGAAAGAGAAUUGUCAACUGAAUCAACAGACAAAUUUGUAAACCCAAUCAAGGUUUAUAAUAGGAACAAUGUAUGUGUUAUUGUAUUGAAACAUCCAGCUGAAAUAUUUGUUCAUGGAAAAGUAUCUGUACAAUUGCUUGGUGGAAAAAUUGAUAUUUUUGGAUACACUUUAAAUGAUGAGAAAUAUGAAGUAUAUGCACCAAAUUGUCAUUAUGCACAGAGAAUAAAAACAGUUGAAAAUCAGAAUGAAUACUAUGGUUUAUUUGGGAAGUUGAGUGCUGCAGGGCUGGCAGUAUAUGAAGCAGAGGAGAUUGUUACAGAUAUUGGUGAACAUGAUGGCAUCAUUAAAUUGAGUCAGUUAAUAGACCACAAAAUAGAUUUUGUUGAAAAUCAUUUUAAAGUGGCAGAUUUAUUUACCAAGUCAAGUAAAAAUAUGGAAUAUCCAGUCAGAAAUGCUUGUGAUAUCUUGAAGUGUUCACUAUACCUGUCAAAGCCGUGGAAACAUUUUGAGGAGAUUGCUGAUUGGGAACCUGUCAUUCAACAUGCACUGGAUCGUAAAAGUAGGGGCAUAAUAUGUGGCGGUAAAGGUUUGGGCAAGUCAACAUUCCUCCGGUAUUGUGUGAACCGACAGUUAGCACAUGGGCCUGUGCUGGUAAUAGACUUGGACCCUGGACAGGCAGAAUUUACCGUUGCAGGAAAUAUUUCAGCUACUAUUGUCACCAAACCACUUCUUGGACCUAAUUUUACACAUUUGGAAACCCCACAAAAAAUGUUGCACAUUGGCAUGAUUAAUACAAUGGACAAUACGAGACGGUAUGCGGCCGCCAUUGCUGAGCUAAUUCAUUAUUGCCACAACAAUAAAUCCUUCCAAACUCUACCGUGGAUCGUCAACACAAUGGGCAUGUGUAAUGUGGUGGGGCUGAAGUUUAUGUUGCUUACUAUAUUACGUACGCAACCUACUUACCUACUCCAGAUUGAUUCUAAAAACCCAAAGAAAAGAUUCGCUUAUCAUUUGACCUCGAAUGCAGUAAGACAACUGUAUUCAGAAAAUUAUCAUGAUACAUUAUUUAGAAAUAUACCUUUUCCAGAAGGCUUAGAGUACAAUUUCUUUAUAUCUGGUUGUUCAGAAAUUUCUACAAAUUCUAGCCAUUCAUUAUCGCCAAGAGAUGAUAGGUAUUUAAAUUAUUUGGCUUAUUUUGGCUCGCUGUUGAGUGCUAAGAAGCAAACAUUACUGGGAAUUACACCUUAUGAGGUGAAUUACCAAGAUUUGUACAUAGGUUUUAAUAUAAGAGUAGACAAGAAUGCAGUGUUGAAUGUGAUUAAUGGAAAAGUCGUAGCGCUAUGUCAAGUGACGCAAGAUAAGGCUGGCCAGGUGUUUACCCUUACAGAUAAACCGCUACUGUGCCAUGGAUAUGGAUUGAUUCGGAAUAUUGAUCAGGCCAAGAAGGUGCUAUACAUCAUCACAUCAAAUCAGAGUGGCCUGACACUAACUAAUGCGAUAGUGUAUGCUGAUUGGGUGCCAGAGUUGGUGGGAAUGGAGAAACACCUGCCAGAGGGACAAACAGUGCCAUACCGCACUGCUUCUGUUUACCAGCAAAGACAGCUGAUGUUUGCACCACGCAGGAGGUUCAAUCCCCUCCAACUAUUAAAAAUGUCAAGGAGGAAUACCUAAAU